CUGAGGAGAAAGCAGAUUGAAUCAGUCAAUGUUGGCGGCACGAAUAAUGUCAUAAACGUCUGUACGGAGCGAGGCAUCUCUAAACUCAUCUACACCAGCACAGUCAAUGUGGCGUUCGCUGGCCGGCCCAUCGAGGAUGGAGAGGAAGACUCAGUUCCCUACGUGCCGCUGGACAUGCACAUAGACCAUUACUCCAGAACUAAAGCUAUCGCUGAACACAUGGUGCUCGCUGCCAAUGGAAGAUCAACAAAAG